AUGAAGCAACGUCCCGAAAAGCCGUCGUAUCCGGUUUGCGUGGCCAUCAACGCCGAAGACUUGGGUGGUCUCAUGCGGUUCCUGAAUCACUCAUGCCGGCCAGUGACGGAGUUCGUGAGUGACAGAAUGCUGAAAAGGAGUGAAGACCAGAAAAAUCUAUAA